AUGGCAGUUACUAACAUCUCGUUUGAUCAGCCUCUCAUUGCGCAACAGGUUACUUGUUAUUACCCCAUCAGCGACAUAUACUCACCCACUCCGCGGUAUCUGUACUAUGUCCUCCUCGCCUUGAGCUUUAUCACGGCCAGCCACGGUUGGGUUGCCCACAUCAUCUUCGGCGCGGCGGUCUCAUAUGCCGCCACCGCAUCGAUUCAAGCCUUUAUCUUGCUAUCCGCCCGGCAUGGUCUACCUCCGGCGCAGAAUGUCACGGUAGCCCACCUGAUUCCAACGGGCGCAUCAAAUAGCUUGCAGGCUCUGGCACCAAACUCUACCUCAAUUCCUGUACAGCCGGACUACCUAGAGCUCGAUAUUGACGCGGUUACUUGCAUCGUGAUCACUGCAUAUCUUGUGGGCUUACCACUGCAAUGCUGGUCAAGCACUGCGAGAACAAGUCGAAUCCUCCAUCUGCUGAUCUUCCUCUGGAACAUGAUGAUGCUGGCAGGCUCAAUAUCAGUACUUGUCCUUUGGCCCUCCCUGAAUGUUGCACCUCCACAAUAUCGAUUCUGCUAUGCAGGCAUUGAUGACGGCGAUACCAUGCAAAGCCCUGGGUGGGACGAUCAAUACUGGGCCGGGUCUUGGAAUUCAACCAUCUAUGGCCUGUUUGGCCCAUCACUCAUUGACAACGAACGAUGGUUAAACCUUUCGACAAAUUGUUUCUACCCAUGCUUCAACACCUCACAAAUUCUGCGUGAGUCGAACCGGCUAAGGGCGACAGUGGUCGGCACGGAGAGGCCGGGCGAUAGUCUACACACUUGGAACGCCUGGGAAGGCGAUGAGUUCCAGCCCCUCGUUUAUACGGCUAUUGCGCUGUUUACGGCUGCGCAGCUAUUUCUUCUGGUUGUGGGGCGAUUGAAUCUGUGCACUUCGAGAGUGCCCAUACAUCGCCCAUUUCAGCUCUGGUUUCGCCGGAAGGAGAUCUUGCAUGGCUUCAUGGCUGACAUCAAGGCGGGUUAUUCGCAAACGAGAGAUUUUCUACGACACCCAAUGUCCUACUUCGCGUUGAUGCGGAACAUCAGAUUCCACCACGCAGCGAAAGUCACGAGAGUCCACAAGCACCCCGUCUCUCGCUUCGUGAUCGACAUCAUAACACUGUGUUUUCUUAUCGGGGUCAUGAUUUUUGGGCCGCUGAUCAUCAUCGCUUUCAUCAUAUGGAUCGAAGGCUAUAUCCACUCCGACGGCGAACCGAACGAGCAAAUUCAAGCCGUGGGCCAGUGGCAAUUCAUUGUCCAGAUCGGCAUCGUGCUUCUCGCCGCGGUGAUCCUGCGGCUGCGGUAUAGAGUGGCUUCAGAGGAAGAAAUUCAGAGAAAUCUGACACACGCCAAGCAUCACGUCGCGAAGCUGGAGAAGAUCGCGGAGCAGAAGCGAAGCGAAAGAGAAGCUGUGGCAACGAGGAGGGAGCAGCAAGGAAGUCGCAAAACUUUGCUCUGGCGUCGCUGGCUGUGGGAUGAACGUCGGCGGCGAGAAGAACACACCCUCAAAAUUGACCUCGGGGCUCUCGAACAUGUCGUAAGACAAGCUACGGGGUCAACAGCUGGGGUUGCGGUCCGAUUUGAGAAACUUACGGAAGGGGGUUCCAGUAAAGUGCUCCUCGCUGUGGUUGGGAAGCAGAGGGUCAUAGUCAAAAUUCCUGACCCGGUGGUCUCGCCACGGCUGGCCACAGCGAGCGAGGUUGCUACACUUGAGUUCUUACGGUCGGAACUGGAGGUGCCGGUGCCGAAAGUGUUCUCAUGGAAAGACAACAGUGACAAUCCAGUCGGAUGCGAAUACAUCGUCAUGGAAGAGGCUCAGGGGAAAGCCUUGAACACCACCUGGUCUCGCCUGAACAUGGACGCGAAAUUCACUGUCGUGGACGAAGUCCUAUCUAUUCACAAGCGGUUCAUCACCACCAAGCAUAUGUUCUCUGGGUAUGGGAUCACAUCGACCCGUACCCCGACUUAUUGUAUUGGUCCAAUGGCACACAAACACUUCAUGGAACCGGCGCUUAGAGCAUCCGGGGUGAACUGCGGCCCUUGGCGUACUCCACAAGAUUAUCUCGUCUCCAUUGCACACUCCUCAAUAGCACAAAUUGAGAUGAACCAAAGCAAGGAUACGAUCACUGAGGAUCCAUUCUCUAUCCCGGGAAGCACAGUUAGCAACACAUCGGCCGAGGCUGUGUCUGAUAUGCUGCGAACAUUGUGCAUGGCGAGACCACAUAUCCUUCCACAUGCCACAGAUCAACAUCAGCCGCUACUUUGGCAUCAGGAUCCUCACUUUGGCAAUUUAUUUGUAUCACCCGAAGGAAAGAUUACCUCCAUUGUCGAUUGGCAGGACACCAACAUUUUGCCGUUGUUCCUGGCAGUCCGAGUGCCUCAGGAAUUUCUCAAAGCUGCCAAAAAGGAAAGGCGGGAGGUCUGGGAGAGGUUUUGCCAGUCGGGGUUUCGGCAGUACUACGUAGCCAGCGUUAGGAAGACAGAUCCUGAUCUCGCUGCUAUAUUGGAUGACGAACAGUUGGGCCCCAUUCAAAAGCAGGUUCAAACAUUCUCCCGGAUACCGUUCAGACAAGAUGUUGACGCCCUUCUCCUGAGACAGACGCUGCUUCGAAUCCAGCGCAAUUGGGCUGCCUUCCUUUCUGGGGGAGAUGACGCUAUUCCAUGCCCGAUCAAGAUCGAGGCCGACGAGUUGGCGUGCCACCAGAAGGAUGGACGGCUUCACGGCGAGUUUCAAGACCUUCUCGAGGCUAGGAACAUACCCGUCGCUUAUGAGGGUUGGGUGCCACUCGACGAAUUUCGACAGCGAAAAAGAGAGCUGAAAGCUGUUAUAAAUGAGGUCAUCGAGUCUUUGGAGAGCGAGCAGCUACGUCAAGAGUUUAACGACAAGCUCCGUCAUUGGAAUCUGACAGACUGGGAAACGAAAUAG